AUGGCAGCUUCCAAUCGAUGCAUCGAGUUUCCGGCCCCAGGGCUUCGAAACCCGUUCCGCUAUGUCACUGGCCAUGACAGUAACGGCGAGCCAACAUUCCUGCUGACAGAUCAUGGCGACCAUCGCGCUGUUAUGCUAGACGGUGAAGGUGCUCAAAGCAUCAUGUACAGCAGCAACUCCAAUCCAGUGGAGCUCACCAAUAAUGUCGACUUAGAAUUUGCUAGAACGAACAGACCUUCUCUCCACAUCCCAAAGGGCUGUGUCGUCCGCAUGGUAGAUUUUGCACCAGGCGGUGAGUCCAACAUGCAUCGCGCUUUGAGUCUUGGGAUAGGAACUGUCUGUGAGGGUGAAGUUGAGCUAUGUUUGAGUGAAGACGGAAAGGUCAGCCGUGUUCUUCGCCCAGGAGAUGUUAUUAUCAAUCGCUGUGCUAUGCAUCUCUGGAGAAAUACGUCCAAGGAGAAGCCGGCUCGCGUGCUCUUUGUUAUGCUGGACGUUAAACCGGUUUUUGUUAAUGGUAAGGCUUUGGAGUUUGAUAUGGGCGAGCUUAUGAAGGAGUAUGGUGACUAUAAGGAGGGUGAAGGGGCAAAUAAGAACGCGUAG